AUGGCCGCGUCUCAAGCAAGUCUCCUCUUGCAAAAGCAAUUGCGAGAUCUCUGCAAGAACCCAGUUGAUGGAUUCUCUGCUGGCUUGGUUGACGAAAGCGACGUGUUUGAAUGGAGCGUUUCAAUUAUUGGACCCCCUGAUACCUUAUAUGAUGGUGGAUUCUUCAAUGCCAUCAUGAGCUUUCCAAAGAAUUAUCCAAAUAGUCCUCCAACUGUCAGGUUCACCUCAGAGAUGUGGCAUCCCAAUGUUUACCCAGACGGAAAGGUCUGUAUAUCAAUUCUUCAUCCUCCUGGUGAUGACCCAAAUGGCUACGAGCUUGCAACUGAGCGCUGGAGUCCAGUCCAUACUGUUGAAAGCAUUGUUUUGAGCAUCAUAUCGAUGCUUUCCAGUCCCAAUGAUGAGUCUCCUGCAAACGUUGAUGCUGCGAAACAAUGGAGAGAUAGCAGGGAGGAGUUCAGGAAGAAAGUAAGUCGAUGCGUUAGAAAAUCACAAGAAAUGUUGUGA